AGUCAGAGACCAGAAAGCCUCUUCCAUCACCUCCUCCUGGAGAUGGUAGUAAGCUGAGGCAAAGACCAGUCACAAGACACACUGGCACAUUUCGUGUCUUCUGCUUGGUUUUCUCUUUAACUUAACGAGCCAUCAUGGGAACAAUCAACAACAAUCCUUCAUUCUUAAACGUCUAUGAGAAGAUGAAAAAUUAUACCCAACCCGACACCCUGUGUCACACAUUCGACCUUCUCUCUAACCUUCACAAGUUGCUUCCGAAUCACUUGGUGGAAGUGCUUCAUUCCUAUAGAAGUGAAAGUGACAAAAUCAAAUGUGAGAAUUCUGAAUUCUCUGGCAUGGAAAAGGUCCUAGCAAGACAUCAGUUGCCAAGGGAGGUUAGUCUAUCUCCGAAGCCAAGCAAAAUGCCCUUGUGGAAAAGAAAAAUUAUCAACAAUAUCAGUGGCAACUGGAAGAAAUGCCAUAUGUGGAAUAAAAACAUAUAUGAACCACCCAUGUGCACGAUCAUUGCCAGGUGGGCGAAAAAGAACAUGCAACCUGCGGAGGACCUCAAGUCGGGGAUCCAAAGACUGUCCGUACUAGGCCCAAUUGUCUCAGUCACUCCUUGUGGGCGCCAAAGUGCUGUCGUGGUGUUCAAAGACACGACCUCAGCUUGCAAGGCUGUGAGUGCUUUUCCGACCAUGUCCGCAGGCACUAUGUUCCAGUGCUCAUGGCAGCAUUGUUUCAUGUCAAAAAAUAAACUUUGGUCAAGAAAACACCCUUCAAGAAUAUAAUAGACAACGUAGCUUCAAGAAUAUAAUCAGAAAAGAAA